AUGAUAAUCUAAAUUCUCAAGAAGAAUGCUGAGAGUAGGACAUAAGUUGAUUUGAUGACAGUAAUGCCUUUAGUCAAGGAGUAGAAAUUCUUCCAGAUGCAUAGGAUUUAAGGAAAAGAUCUCAAUGACGUUUGUGAAUUGCUAACUUACGAGUAUUUUCCUCAAGGGUCAAUAAUAUCAAAUUAUAAUGGCCAAGUAGACAUUAUGAUGGACUAUAAAAAGAGAGCUAUCAGUAAUGAUAAUGACUUUAAAGAAUUCAUAACUGACUUAGAAUUGUCAUUUUAAAAAGCAUAGGAUAUUAGGUAGAGCUUUUCCAAUUUCGAUCCUAGUAAAGUUAAUUAGACUUGUCAGGUUGCAGUUCACUAAUAUUUGAAAGGUUAACUCUUUGGCACUUAGAGUAUAAUCAAAGAUUAAAGACAGUAUAAAAGACCUUAUCAGGCUGUUGCUGCAGUUGAUACUCAUAUCGGAGUAUUUUCAAAGAAAUCAUUCGAAAGGAUACUUGAUAGAAUUCAUAAGAAAUUUGUAUAAAAAGAAAUAAAUUUCCUAAAAAACGUAGAACAGUUUGCAGGGUUAAUAAAAGAUGGGGAAUUGGAAGUGAAAAAGCAUGUUUAUGAGCCGAAAUCAAGCAAUAAGGAAUAUGAAUUAUUGCACAAUCCAACACUUACUAAAAAGUUUAAUAAUAACUUUAUGAAAGUUUAAGGAUUCAAGAUCUCCAAUGAAAUUAGUGUAGCCAUAUAUCAAAUUUUAAUUUUUAUGUAGUUAUUUGUACUUGGCUCAGGAAAGAUGAUUGGGGAUGAUGAAAGCAUAAGAGGUAGUAAAUAUUUAACCACAGUUAUUUGUAACACUUAGGAUUCUAAAGUUUUCCAAAUGAAGAAAGAUAGUGAUGAAGCCUGGUAAUCAAUACUCAGUGAAUCAGCAGAGAUUUCAAAAAAGAUGCAGAAUAUAUAUCUCUAAAAAAUCUAAAGGUCAAAAGAAGUCACUAAUGCUUUAAAGGAUAAUAGUGAAAUCAAAUUGAUGUGCGAUAGUUUAAUGAAGGAAAUGCUUUGGGCUCAAGUUCCUCAAACCAUAAAGUAUUAUGAAAUUAAAAAGAAUCAGUAAUAACAAAUUCAGGCUUAAAACUAGCAGAAUCAAGACCAUGGAUAUGGCAACUAAGUGGAAACAAGCCAAGACAGAAAUAAUAGUACUCAAUUUACAUCAAACUCUAAUUAUAAUAAUUCAGUCAAAUUAGGUACAGGAACUUCAAUUUUAAGCAAAUUAAAAAGACAUAUUGACUAAUUUGAUGGAUAGUAGAGUCAUAGAAGAAACUUUAGUUAAAUGUAGCAAUAAUACAAUAGUCUGAAUGAAAACUUUAGAUAUAGUGAAAAUGAAUAUUUCAAUCAAAAUUAGGCUAAAAAUAAUAAGAAUGAAGCUAUCAACAAGUCUUUAGACUUGAAAUAGAAUCCUUUAAAGAAUGCAAGAUUUUUAGAGAAAAAGACUCUUGAAAUGAGCAUAAAUUUCAAUUAAAAAUUUAUGAACAGAAUAACUAGUAAACACACUUAAGCUUCUUUAACAAAGGUUAAUUAGACAUUCAAAUUUGAGAAUGAAAAGAUUGAAUCAAUGACAUAAAAGGACAAGAUAAAUUAGACAAUGAAGGAUUUGCAAAUUGAAAAUUUCAACCCCGAUUCAAUUUUGUAAAGUAGACCUUAGUCACAUGCGGAGAAAUACAAAAAUCAUCCAUAAGUCAUUAUGCAGCCAAAGUUAAAAUCUAUCUUAUCUCAUAAAGAGGAACCUUAUUCUAAUAUUAACCCUCUUUAGCCUCAAGUAACUUAGCGAAAUACAACUAUGAACAAUACAACUACAGAUAGAAGUAGAUAGUAGGCCUCUACGUUUUAUAGAACAUAGUCAGCCAUAAGUAAUUAUAAUUCCAAGAGAAGAAAAGACCAGUUUAAGACUCAUAGACAGCUUUAAAAGGUAGUAGAAAAUUUUGAUGUAGUCCAGAACUAUGCUCUGAAGGAGCUAGCGAUUCCAAAUAAUUUCAAUAAUGUUGUUUCAAGAAGUAUUAAUAAGCCUGGUCAAAGCUAUUUCUACCAAAAUUAAGCUUAUACUAUGUCAUCUAAGAACAAGGAUAAGAAGAAAUAUCACGAAAUGGAAUUUAUUAAUUAGCAACUAAAAUCAUUCCACUCAUCUACUGGCAAUCAAAGCUCAUCUCCUUAUAUGAUUCAAAGAUUAAACUUAGGAAUGAAAACUGGUGAUGCCUCAAAUAUUCAGAGUGCAAAGCUAACUGUAAAGGAUAAAUUUUAGAAAGUUACUCAACAAUUGUCUUUUGAUAGAGGAGAGACUAUACGAUAAUCGAAUAAGUUUUUGAAGGAAUAACCAAGCAAUGUGAGUAAUAGUAUACCAAUUAGGAAGGAUAAAAGAAAGUAAGCUGAAGAAGAGUAUGAGUAUUUUAAGUCAAGGAUAUAAAAACCUUAUUGA